GAUGGUGCGUGCAUUACACAACAAUUAUAUUGAUGGUGAGGUUUUAACAGGUGUAUCAGCUGGUAACAGGGUAUUUGUUCCUCGAGUUCAAUUAGCUCCAUCAGAUGCAAAUUUAUCUUUUACACUUAAACGCCGUCAGUUUCCAGUUAGGUUAGCAUACUCAAUGACCAUAAAUAAAAGUCAAGGUCAAACAUUUGAAAAAGUUGGUGUUUAUCUCAAAAAACCUUGCUUUUCACACGGCCAAUUAUAUGUUGCAUGUUCAAGAACAAGAUCAUUUAAUAGUUUGUUUUUCAAAGUUGAUAAACAUCCAUUACAAGGUACGUCAUUUAACAAACAUUACACAAAUAAUGUUGUCUUUACAAAUGUUCUUAAUUUAUAAUUUUGACAAGUAUAUUAUGUGUUAUAUGUGUUUUAUAUUUUUUGUAUGUUUUUUUUUUUUUUUUUUUGCUAUAUGUGUAUA